AUGUCUAAAGAUUUUAAACAAGAGAUCAAAUCAGAACAAGUGGAGAUCUCAGAGAAAUCCAACGGUUUCCUCUGUCCAAUGUGCGGAGCACAUUUCUUUUCAGAAGACUUCUUUGUUGAGCACAUCAAAGAACAUAAAUCAGUAUCAAAUUGUUCCAUCAAACAAGAAAUAAAAUCUGAAUCAGAUAAACCGUCUGUUUUCAUGUGUCCAGUUUGUGCUGAACAUGUUUACUCAGACACUCAGCUAAUAGAACAUGUUAAACAGCACCAUGAUCAUAGCAGCCCAGAAGUACCUGAAAACCUUGAUAAUGCAGAUAACUUGACGGGAGUAGAACCUCAGAAAACAAUGUCUAAAGAUUUUAAACAAGAGAUCAAAUCAGAACAAGUGGAGAUCUCAGAGAAAUCCAACGGUUUCCUCUGCCCAAUGUGCGGAGCACAUUUCUUUUCAGAAGACUUCUUUGUUGAGCACAUCAAAGAACAUAAAUCAGUAUCAAAUUGUUCCAUAAAAGAAGAAAUAAAAUCUGAAUCAGAUAAACCGUCUGUUUUCAUGUGUCCAGUUUGUGCUGAACAUGUUUACUCAGACACUCAGCUAAUAGAACAUGUUAAACAGCACCAUGAUCAUAGCAUCCCAGAAGUACCUGAAAACCUUGAUAAUGCAGAUAACUUGACGGGAGUAGAAGCUCAGAAAACAUUAGUUCUGUCUCCUAGUGAGAUGAGAGUUUGUCACUUGUCAGUGAAACCCUUCAAAUGUUCAGAGUGUUCAUAUGCUACAAGUAGAACUAGUGACCUUACUAGACAUAUGGGUAUUCACUCUGGAGAGAAACGCUUCAAAUGUUCAGAGUGUUCAUAUGCUACAAAUAGAACUAGUGACCUUACUAGACAUAUGGGUAUUCACUCUGGAGAGAAACGCUUCAAAUGUUUAGAGUGUUCAAUGUCUAAAGGUUUUAAACAAGAGAUCAAAUCAGAACAAGUGGAGAUCUCAGAGAAAUCCAACGGUUUCCUCUGCCCAAUGUGCGGAGCACAUUUCUUUUCAGAAGACUUCUUUGUUGAGCACAUCAAAGAACAUAAAUCAGUAUCAAAUUGUUCCAUCAAACAAGAAAUAAAAUCUGAAUCAGAUAAACCGUCUGUUUUCAUGUGUCCAGUUUGUGCUGAACAUGUUUACUCAGACACUCAGCUAAUAGAACAUGUUAAACAGCACCAUGAUCACAGCAGCCAAGAAGUACCUGAAAACCUUGAUAAUGCAGAUAACUUGACGGGAGCAGAACCUCAGAAAACAAUGUCUAAAGAUUUUAAACAAGAGAUCAAAUCAGAACAAGUGGAGAUCUCAGAGAAAUCCAACGGUUUCCUCUGCCCAAUGUGCGGAGCACAUUUCUUUUCAGAAGACUUCUUUGUUGAGCACAUCAAAGAACAUAAAUCAGUAUCAAAUUGUUCCAUCAAACAAGAAAUAAAACCUGAAUCAGAUAAACCGUCUGUUUUCAUGUGUCCAGUUUGUGCUGAACAUGUUUUCUCAGACACUCAGUUAAUAGAACAUGUUAAACAGCACCAUGAUCACAGCAGCCAAGAAGUGCCUAAAAACCUUGAUAAUGCAGAUAACUUGACGGGAGUAGAACCUCAGAAAACUUUAGUUCUAUCUCCUAGUGAGAGUUUGUCAGUGAAACCCUUCAAAUGUUCAGAGUGUUCAUAUGCUACAAGUAGAACUAGUGACCUUACUAGACAUAUGAGAAUUCACUCUGGAGACAAACCCUUCAAAUGUUCAGAGUGUUCAUUUGCUGCAAGAGAAACAGGUACUAUUACUAGACAUAUGAGAAUUCACUCUGGAGAGAAACCCUUCAAAUGUUCAGAAUGUUCAUAUGCUGCAAGUCAAGCAGGUAAUCUUACUAGAAAUACGAGAAUUCACUCUGGAGAGAAACCCUUUAAAUGUUCAGAGUGUUCAUGUGCUAAAGACUUGCUUUGGUUGGAUGCUGUACGAGGUCAAAGUAGCAUCCCAGAAGUACCUGAAAACCUUGAUAAUGCAGAUAACUUGACGGGAGUAGAACCUCAGAAAACGUUAGUUCUGUCUCCUAGUGAGAAGUGUUCAUAUGCUACAAGAGAAGCAGGUAAUCUUACUAGACAUAUGAGAAUUCACUCUGGAGAGAAACCCUUCAAAUGUUCAGAGUGUUCAUUUGCUGCAAGAGAAACAGGUACUCUUACUAGACAUAUGAGAAUUCACUCUGGAGAGAAACCCUUCAAAUGUUCAGAGUGUUCAUUUGCUGCAAGACAAGCAGGUAAUCUUACUAGACAUAUGAGAAUUCACUCUGGAGAGAAACCCUUUAAAUGUUCAGUGUGUUCAUUUGCUGCAAGAGAGCAGGUACUCUUACUAGACAUAUGA